UGUGACGACUGAAAGACAGCGUUCAGUGGGCAGCACAGCAUUUCGCCAAACAAGUGACCGGUUCAGCAUGUCUGAAUCCUCGCAAGCUCUCUUCAGCAAACGUGCACCCGACAGGAACAGCAUCGACUGGGACUCGCUGAACAUCCCAUGCACUAAGAAGGAUGGUGCCAGCUGCAGCCUAAUGAAACACCGUCAUGACUUGAAUAAGGUCCUUCUACGUGCUCGCCUUGAGCUUCGGGAAGAUGGGCGAGGAAAGAGCAGAGGAGACGUCCUAAUCGAGUGUGACGAGGCACGCGAUUGCAGGUACGCUGCAUGCGGCUCAGAGCAAGUCUCGCGCGAAGCGAGGGCACUGGAUCUCGCCGAGCGUCUACUCGCCCAGCAUCGCUGCAUCACAGCGAUAAAAUUCAGGCCCCUUUGGAUGCGUCGCGCCUCGAUGCUUUCAGCAAUAAAUCGCAAUCGCUUUUUGACAAGCAUUACCAUCUGCACAACAAUUCUAUCAUCACCUCAAGACGACGAUAUCUUUCUCGAAAUGCUCAAUCCUAUCCCACAGCGUGGAAAUGGGGCCCUCAAGGUCAACGAGUUUGACGAGGAAGGGGGAGUCGACGUGGCCAUGCCUGGAAGGUCACUCGGCUUAGGCAUGGAUCAUCUCACAACACUCGACAUGUCAGAUGUUCAUAUGAACGAUACCCAUGCGUGUUGGCUGAUCCGGGAUCUCAUUGAAAACAAGAGCAUCACUGAACUCGGUGUCUCACACUGCGUGUUCCGCUAUCGCGACGAAGCCUCCAACGCGCUGUUCGCCAGAUACCUCGCCAAAGAAGACUGCGCGCUGCGAAAACUCACUCUCAAAUCGACGAUCAUUUACCGCAGAGGGUGGGACCUGUGCCUUCGCGAAAUCGUCGAUGCACUCUGCAAGAUGAGCACUUUGGAGGAACUGAACGCAAACAUCGUCUUUGUGCCCGUAAGCUUCAUGACUAGGGUCACCCUCUUCGCCGAAGUCAUCACACGGAGUGCCACACUACGGCGGCUGACACUACCUUCAACGUAUUGCGAAUGUCUUGCGCAUAAAUGGGGUAUACCUAUCCAGCUUCCGGAUCCCCAAGCCGCGAAGUGCAUGGAGUCCUUGUGCCAAGCCCUACGGAAACCAAACUCGACACUCAGCCGGCUCUGCAUCGACAUGCGCUCUUUCGGAGAAGCAGAGUGGAACGCCUUCUUCAGUGCAGUUGCGGACAACAAGGCACUGGAGGCGGUGGUCGUCGACACCUUGCCCUGCAUCGACGGACUCGACAGCGUCUCCAAAACUAUUCGGGAACGGGGACUCGAUGACCGCGUUGUCAUCAAGGGACAAUGGGCGCACGACAACACAAGGCAGCUGCAGCAAUGCCCACAAAUCUGCAAUGCAACCAUCGAUAAGGUGAUCCAUACAGCCGACAUCGCGCAAUUGAUUAUCCCAUCUUUGCGCGUUGUCAGUGGUUGCGAUCACAUAACUUCGCUGCGGGUUGAUUGCCUUAGCUACGAACGCAAUGAAUACUCCACUUUGGCAGCAUAUAUAAGGGGCUCUACCGCGCUCACUGAGGUAGACAUAGAGCUGAUUCCCAUGGGUGACCUUAGGACAAGCCCGGAGCUUCGGGAAGCGGAAGGAGAACUGGUGUCAGCUCUCGCUUCUAACACCAAGCUAGUGAGAGUCAACCUCAAGGGUUUGCAGCUGUCCUACGACGACUUGAACGUGCUCGCGCGAGGCGCUAGCAGGAGCCUCAGCCUGACCGAAUUCACCGUGAGUCCUGAUUGCAUCGUUUACGAGUGGUUUCAAGUCCUGGGGCGCAACUGUUCUGUACACGUGUCCGAAGCGUCCCUCGAAGCAGCCGACGACAAGGAAGGUGCACUGGCGGACAUCAUGGAAGUGGCCAGGAAGAAUUCAUCCGCCAUCUGGGACGCUGCAGACUUCGUGCUGGGCGAACAAGAUGGCGUCGAGGGUGCGCGCGCCAUCGAGCUGAUGCGCGACCACCCGCGUCUCCUCGAAAGGGUGAUGGAAGGUGCUGACGUCACUAAGGCCGAAGCCAACAAGAAGAUCCGCAGCGCCCUGGUUCGCGUCCGCAGCAGUAGCAUUGACGAAUUUAUGACAAUGACUGGCGUCGUCAAGGAGGCAGUGCAGUGCCUCAGUCAUCCCGGUGCCAGGAGGCUUCAGCUCGCCGACAUUGGCCACGACUGCUGGCUCCACAUUCGAAGCUUCCUGAAGAUAGCGGACGUCCUGUCACUUUGAGCCAGUCUAGUGUUCGGCUGCCGAGCUUGGCAGACUGAGGGGAGAGGAAACCAAGCUGGCUCCUCCUGCUGUCGUCGAAGUGCGGCUGUAAAGAGAGGCUGUUACGUUUCAACAAAUAGGGCUCGGUUGUGCGCCUCUUGAUUUUUCCCACUCGUUACAUCGCCGACCCAGGAAGCUGUUAGGAAGCCACUGAACACCGUUUGCCAUCGCCGAUGUGGAAGUGUUCCAGCGUCUAUUCAAUCUGUUUUGAGGUGGAGGUGUUUUAGCAGUGGAGGUCGUGUCGUUUUCCUCGCAUUACUUCACGCGACAUGAAUGGCGAUUGGAGUUGACUUGACAAGUGCUAAUUUUGGAACCAUAGCAGCGGGCCCGUCUUUCUCCAUUGACCCUGAUUUCAGUCCUCAAACAAGGCUUAGACACAUCUCUCUCUCACCCGAUACUAUGUGCAGCUGUUGUUUUAAUUUGCAUUGUGCACAUCGGAGUGCGUGAUUUGAGGCACUUAUUAGGCCCUAGUGUUCUGUAACGUAAUGUCCAUGGUUUUGUUGCAGUAAAUAGUAACACACAAUAAAGCGAACGGGCGUCUUCCAGCGUGUCUAAGACCAUGUGUUUGAGUGCCGAGACCAUUCAUGUAGUUUUGCAUCACUCUCUCCGUAAAGUGUCAACUAUCAGUGUUGUACUGUGCAUUGUAAUCGUCAUGCCUGACGAAAGAAAGAAAUGAUCCAUGCGUGUUUCUGCAGUGGAGCCUGAGCUAGCAUUUAGAGCUGGAAUCAGUUCGCUACAAACAUUGAAUGUAAGAGACUAGAGACGAGAACUCGAACGUAGUUGAAGUUGAACAUGACGGAGUUUGUUUGAUUUCCCUCAGGGGAUUCCCAUUCCUUUUUAAAAGCAUUGUACUUUAGUUAGUUUGUUUUCACACGGGGGGUAAGUCAAGUAUACAGUACCACGCACUCGACAUAAACUGUCACCAAUAGUUAUAUUAUCGCAAUUAUUGCCUCGGUAUGCCUACAUCGACAACUAGAAGGCAUUUCGUUCUUGAAUUAGAUAUAUCUCGGGAUGUGUAGUUCUAAACUCUAACCGCGCGUUGAUACUACUGUGGUGGAACUCAACGCACACAAUUAGCUUCCGAGACCGGAAAGAGUAGUGAUGUUAUGUAUAGCCAUGUAUCUAGAUUGCCUAACUCUAUUACGGUGACAUCUUCCCAAAGUAUACGUUGACGGCCUGUAAAUGUGGGCCCGAGGGCAGCGAAGGACUAGAUGCAGUGAUAUUUCUAGUAAUUUUGCCAGCAUGAGGUGAGUUUCAUUCACACAGAAACCCCUCGCCUUGUUUUACCAGCUAAAUGUCGUAGCCACAGUGGCACGUGAAUAAACUGAAGAACAAGUUCCUUGUCGACACGUUCGUGUUUCUUGUUGCCUGUAUGUAAAUAAAAAUUCCAAUAAAUGAGUGUGUCAUAUCAAAAAGACUGUGUAUGGCCUUUUAUUGAAUAAAGUGCAUGCUGUGUACACUAGAAAUGGAGAAAGUGAACACUCCCGGGCUGAGUUUAGUAGCAAAGCAUAAUUACCCCAGAAGGUGGACGGGAAUACGGCGCCGCGUUAACUAAAUUGGUGAGAGUAUCGCACGUGUUACGUUGAAGGCGUGGCUUCGUAUGCCACCUGCGGCCAGUCUUUUUUUUUUCAUCAACUGUCAUUUCCAUUAAUGUAUGAUAUCUUUAUUUGAAGUAGUAAGUGCAAGUGAUUUACCCCAUGUUGUCCUUGUGCCUUUGUUUGUUGGCUUCUUAUGAUAUGGUUAAUGGAAGUCGGGCCCCUUGCUUCCCUUUACUCUCGUUCAUUGCAUUCCGAGGGUUUCGAAAC